AUGUGGAGAGGUGUGAAAAAAACUUCACAUGAUAAACGUGCUGAACGUGUCAAAGAAGCAAUUGGAAUAUUGCAAAGAGAGAGAAAAUAUACUAGCCUUGGCUAUAUUGGAUCAGGCUCCUUUGGACAAGUGUUCAGAAUGAUAGAGCCCUUGAACAAAUCUGAGCUGGCAGUAAAGAUAGUGCCCUACGAGAUGGUGUCAAAAGCCGAAUCUGAGUUGUGGAAAAAUCUGAGACAUCCCAACUUAGUCUCCUUGAUAGGUAUGCACAAAUUGGAGAGACAAAAAACCUUUGUCUUCUUGAUGCCAGUUUAUCCAACCACAUUGCUUGACGCCAUUCAAGGCUUGAAUCCAUGUAAGGGAGCCUACAAUAUCGUGAAGUCUUGGCUGAAAGACGUUCUCCAAGGACUGGACUAUCUCCAUUCUAAUGGAGCUUGCCAUCUUGAUAUUAAACUGGACAACGUUCUCAUAUCAGAUGAAAAUUCGGCACUCCUGUGCGAUUUCACAUUCUUGAAGGAGUCUAAAAAACCUCUCCACAAACACCAAAUUGGCAUGCCACUGGUAUACCAACCACCUGAAGUUGUCUUGUCCAAAGGGAGAGAAAACCUUGAUGGAACUAGCAUAGACAUGUGGGCGUUCGGUUGUCUGGCUAUGGAACUACUAGGUUGUUUCGCCAUAACAAAUGCGGCAUCCAUGGACGAGAGAAAAGAAAUGUAUACUACAGUACUUAACCUAUUAGAGGAAAAUGAAUUACUGUGGCCAAUAACAAAAUUCUUCAGUGCUGAUGACCUGCGUGAGACAGAUAUGAAACUUGCUCUCCGAUUCAUGAAAGAGUUUUUAACUUUUGACGCGUCACACAGACUACCAGCUUGUGAAGCUUUGAUGCAUGACUUUUUCCACAAAGAUGAUGACAGCUUUCAUGAGAACAUAGAUGCUAAACACACACCUCCAACGAACAGCACUGAGCCUACGCUCCGUAUUGAGCAUUCAUCAGUAGAUGAAGCUGCUGCUAUCUUAGAAAAUAUUGAUGCAGAAAAGCCACAGACGCCAAAAACUGAUUAUGAAUCCAAAAUGAGUGAGAUUGUUGUAGAUAAAUCUACGGAUGAGCAAAGUAUGGCAGGAGCAGAGAUGAUGACUCUGAUGUCUGAUACUCUUUACGUCAAGAGCAUCAAAUCAGAGAAUGAGUGCGGUAUGAAACCGACUGAUAUUGACGAAUUAGAGAUGGAACAGAGCAUGACAAAAAUUGGUGAUAAUACAAUGGAGAAAAAGAUGGAUCUCAUGGAGAAAAGAAUGGAUCUCAUGGAGAAAAGAAUGGAUCUCAUUUCUCUUAAAAUGAUUGAAAUGACAGAUGAAAUGAAAUAUUUCCGUAUCAAAAUGGAGAGCAUAGAGAAGCACAUAAAGAGAAAUUCGGUUGACAGAAACAUAAAAGACGAAACAGUCAUAAAGAAAACUGGCGAAUCGGGGAAUGUGGAUGUGAUAAACGGAGAGUCUAUUUUGGAAUUUACACAAAGACAAGUACGAAUCCAAAUAGAAUGUAAACAAACUUAUCAUUCAUCGAAAAUACCAGGUACACAAAAGAGAUCACGGUUCCGAUAA